AUGUCUGGUGGUAAAGGUAAAGCCGGUUCUUCUGAAAAAGCUUCGACUUCAAGAUCUGCAAAGGCUGGGUUAACUUUCCCAGUUGGUAGAGUUCAUAGAUUAUUGAGAAAGGGUAACUACGCACAAAGAGUUGGUUCUGGUGCUCCAGUUUACUUAACUUCAGUUUUAGAAUAUUUAGCAGCUGAAAUUUUAGAAUUAGCUGGUAAUGCUGCUAGAGAUAACAAGAAAUCGAGAAUUAUCCCAAGACACUUACAAUUGGCUAUCAGAAAUGAUGAAGAAUUGAACAAAUUAUUAGGCCAUGUUACAAUUGCACAAGGUGGUGUCUUACCAAAUAUUCAUCAAAACUUAUUACCAAAAAAAUCAGCCAAAGGUAAAGCUUCUCAAGAAUUAUAA